AUGGACUCCUCCUCCUCCUCCGCCCACGGCAGCGGCGGCGCCUUCCUGCCCGGCGGCGGCCUAGGCCUGGGCCGCGGCGGCAGCGGAGGAGGCGGCAGCGGCAAGGGGAGCUGGAGCGGGAUCGGCGGGGACAGCUCGUCCGCCAUCGGCGGCGGCGGCGCGUCGGCGGACGCCUGGACGCGCCUCGCCAGCUCCGGCCUCGAGGACGACUUCCUGGGCCCCGUGGGCGCCGGCGCCGGCGGAGGGCCCGGCGGGAUGCCGUACGGCCACUUCCUCGACGCCUGCUUCCUCUGCCGCAAGCCCAUCGCCUGCAACCGCGACAUCUUCAUGUACAGAGGUGACAUCCCGUUCUGCAGCGAGGAGUGCAGGAGGGAGCAGAUGGAGGCGGACGAGGAGGUGGAGAGGAAGCAGAAGAGCACCGCCAAGAAGCUGUCAGCAAGGCCGGCGUCCCUCGGGGAGGUGGAGUCGCCACCAAGGCCUCCCAAGACCCGGGCCGGGUCAAUCCUCGCCGGCUGACUGAUCGUUUUCGCCCAGGCCAAAAUCAUUCCAGAUCCCAAGUUGCCACCAGAAGAAUUAACUAUCGCUUACAUGCUUACGGCCUCACAUAGUAUGGGUUUGUGUUUUUUGUUUGAACCCCUUUGCGCCCUUUUGGUGGUGCUGCGUUGCGACAUGGUUUUUGUGCCUGCAGCUAGCAGCAUGUAUCGGUGACGAUGAAUCGUGUAUAGGUUAGGAACUGAAGGGAACUGAGACCAGUGCCGGUUACUGUGAUCUGUGUGCUGUCAAGGGUUUCCUGGGCUUUUUCUUUGUGAAUUUCCCCCCUAGUAUAUUUUGUAGUAGUUGUUGGUGAUGGUGGUGGUAGGUUCUCAUGUUUUUCUAAUGGAGCUGAUGAAACAUAUGGCUAAAGAAGAAGAAAUAGACAUAUGGGUGACUGAAUCUUUGACUUUUCA